UUGGCUUCCGUUCAAGAAACUUAUGGUAAAGGAAAGCAAGUUGUUAAAAGUGAUGAUGAUAAUACAGAAGAAAUCGAGAAAAAAUUGAAUGAAAUUGAUCAAUUUCUUGUAGAAAUGGAAGCCAAGAUCGAAGAGUUAAAUACUGCAAAAAUCAAUCGUGAAAAAGCAGUACCGACACCUAGCGAAAUAGCACUUGCUGAAUAUGUUAAAAUGCUAACUCCUUCAGUUGAAUCUAGUAGUACUGUAACAAAUACUGGAUCGUCAUCAUCAACAUCCAAUAUACCUAUAAAUGAUUUAACAUCUCUGAUCAAAAGAAAAGUUGCUGCUAAUCUUGAAAAUAAUAUAGAAGGUAGCAAUGACAACUUGAUUGAUGAAAACAAUGUAAUAAGUACAAAUGUGGAUAACAGAGAAGAAAAGAAACGUAAAACCGAUGAAACAACUAAUGAAGGUGGUAAUGAAGGUAGUUCUGAAGAAAAUAAGGAAUCUAGUCCAAAUAAGAAAGCAAGAUUAUCAGGAUAA